AUGGGAAUCGGAAUCCGUGGUGUAGCCCUGAGAUUCCUGGUUGACAAGGAUCAUGGCUGCCCCACCGGCAUCCCUGACAGCCUGGCCUUUGGCAAUCCUCGUUAUACCCCCGCCGGUCUCGCACAGAACAACCCGCCCCCGAACUUGUGCGGCGUUCGCCAGCGACGCCGGUGUGCAGAACGAAGCGUUGCGGUUGCUUGCAUUCGCCCCCGGAUAAACGAGCGGGAGAGGAACCACGGCCGCCCGUAUCCUGCGGUCGGUCGUGCUGGCACCCACGGUCAGCACCCACGGGGCCCCGUUCUGAACGCCGAAGAGAGACGGGCCGUUGUUUCCCGCCGAGGCGCUCACGAAUAUUCCCCUCUCGACCGCGCUGAACGCGCCGACCGCCACGCUGUCGGUGAAGAAGUCGAGCGCGAAGACUCCGAGGGAGAGGGAGAGUAUGUCCACGCCGUCGUCGAUGGCGGCGUCCAUGGCGGCGAGAAUGUCGCUCUCCGGGCAGCCCGAAGGGUCGCACGCCUUGUAGACGGCCACGUGGGCGAGCGGCGCGGUUCCCGACGCGGUCCCGUCGGCGUUUCCGAACACAUUGGCGCCGCCCACGAAGUUCCCGGCGGCAGUGGACGCCGUGUGGGUCCCGUGGCCGUCCUCGUCUUGAGGCGUGCCGUUGCCGACGUUGAACCGCCUGGCGCCGAUGAGCUUGUUGUUGCAGGUAAAGGGGGGGUCGAGCUGGCAGAGCCCCCGCCACCUGGCGGGUGGCGGGGGCAAGCCUUGGUCGUGGAAGGACGGGUGGUCGGGGGUUAUGCCGGUGUCGAGGACGCCGAUAAUCACGCCCCUUCCGUAGUUGGAGUCCGUCCAGAGACCCGUGUUUUGGGCGAGGCCCAGGAAAGCGGGGGAGUGGGUCGUGUGGAGAGGGAGCGUCUUUUGAGGGUGGGCCGAGAUGAAACCGGGCUUGGUCUCAAGUGCUUUCGCCUGAUCGGGGGUUAG